ACCAGUCUAUGCAAUUGCACUUACUAGCACUAUACGCUUGAAAACAUGUCGACAAUCACUCAGACGACGGAUAAGACGAUCUCGUCCCAUGGCCGAUUUUCUCAAGAUGCCAUCUCAUUGACUCAGCGUAACCGGCAUGGACCGUCCAACGAAGAAGUCGAAUCUGCACGCCCGCCAUCAAUCGCUACCGCAGAGACCUCCGAAACGCCAUCUCCUUCGAACCGGUACGCUUCAUGAGUAGUAUAAUUGGCCAUAACUUUCCGCAAGCGGUUAUCAUCACCGUCGCCUCGUUUACGAUUGUCUUCACCUGCUGCGGUAUUAAUUUUGCUUUUGGCAUCUUCCAAGCCGUGUUUGAAACCCUUUCGCAGCAGCCGGAUACUCCCUUUACCGGAGCAUCGCCCGCGCUGAUCGAUCUUAUUGGCACAUUGUCCAUCUCGCUCAUGACCAUCGGCGCUCCGUUUGUGGUCGCCUGGGCCAAGCGCUUCUCGCCGUGGUUGAUAUCUCUUAUUGGUACCGUCAUAUUCUCGGCUUCGCUCAUUUUCGCGAGCUUCGGAAAGUCUCUGUGGCAUUUCGAAGUCACGCAAGGGGUUCUGCUGGGAUUGGGCACCUGCAUGAGCUACAUGACUGCCGUGACAAUUGCUCCCACAUGGUACACUAAGCGCCGUGGCCUUGCUCUAGGAAUAAUCACAUCCGGCACCGGCAUUGGAGGCCUUGUUUGGGCUCCUGCGCUGAAAGCAGCUAUCGACUCUAUGGGCUAUCGAAACGCCAUGCGUCUUGCUGGAGGAAUCGCCUUUGGACUCAACGUUGCGGCGAGCUUUGCCCUGGACUGGGAGCCUGAGACGAAGGCUCGUAUCCAGAUGGAAAACAAUGCAAGGACGAGCCACAUGGAUGGCAUCCUCAAGGUGCCGAUUGUCGACUGGCGCGUAGCACGAACACGCCGGUUUGCUGCUCAAGCACUGGGCGCCGUCUUUCAGUCUGCCGUCUACUAUCUUCCGCUCUUCUUCUUCGCCACCUACGCGAGAACUCUGGGCUACAGCGACACAGCCGGCGCAAACUUCAUUGCCUUGAGCAACGCGUGCAAUGCCAUUGGAAAGAUCGCCAUCGGCUACGCGGCAGAUCAUAUGGGACGGUUGAAUGCUCUUGUGAUUACCACCAUCAUCAGUGCCAUUGCGACUGUUUGUUUUUGGCUCCCUUCGACGAUAGCUGGCGAUUUGGAAACAUCUCAAGGCCUGUUCAUCACAUUCACGGUUCUUUACGGCAUCUUUGCCAGUGCGUACGUGGCUCUGUUUCCUGCAAGUUUGGUGGAGCUCUUUGGCAUCCAGAACUUUGCCUCUGUUAACGGCGUGCUCUACAUGGUACGAGGCAUGGCUUCUCUUGUUGGCACCCCGGUUGGCGGCGUAUUGAUCCGUAGCCAUUCUACGGGUAGCCCUGCGAGGUCGUACGAAGGCAUGACGCUGCUUACAAUGGCCUGCCUCUUUGUUGCAUCUGUCGCAGUCAUAUGGGUGAGAGUAGAGGCAAUGGUAGGACCUGAUGGAAAGCUUGUCAGGAAGUGGAAGAUGUGA